UGCAUCUUCACCUGACAUCUCUCCAGGAAUCAGCAGCAACUUCCGUCCUGAACAUCAUGCCCCCCAAAAAGCCAGAACCCAAAAAGGAGGCACCCAAACCCGCCGCAGCCCCUCCACCUGCAGCACCAGAGCCCCCAAAGGAAAAAGCAUUUGACCCAAAGAGUGUCACUGUUGAGUUCGCUGCUGAUCAAAUUGAAGAAUUCAAAGAGGCUUUCCAGCUGUUUGACCGCACCCCAAAAGGAGAGAUGAAAAUCACAUACGGCCAGUGUGGGGAUGUGCUGAGAGCUUUAGGGCAAAAUCCCACCAACGCAGAGGUGCUGAAGGUUCUGGGGAGACCCAAGCCAGAAGAAAUGAACACCAAACUCUUGGACUUUGAGACUUUCCUACCGAUGCUCCAGCACAUCUCUAAAAACAAGGACCAGGGUUCAUAUGAGGACUUCGUAGAAGGGCUACGUGUCUUUGAUAAAGAAAGUAACGGCACUGUUAUGGGCGCUGAGCUGCGCCAUGUGCUUGCCACCCUGGGUGAGAAACUGCAAGAGAACGAGGUAGAACAGCUGAUGGCUGGACAGGAAGAUGCUAAUGGAUGCAUCAACUACGAAGCCUUCAUCAAGCACAUAAUGUCUGAAUAAAGCCCAUGAACGUGACCAAUUCCUGAUCCUCCCUUCGGCUGUCCUCCAGAGUCUGAAUUCUAGGCAUCCCUAAAAGGAAGAUACACCUAAAAGAUGAAGCUGUGCUCUUCAGAAAUGCCCUGUUCGCUUGUAAAUUAUUUGGGAUAUUUUUUUUUCUCCCACUGACUUUUCACCAAAUAAAUUUUACCAAGGAAAAGUUA